CACCCCAUUCCUUCCCACCCUCGCUCCGCGCCGUCAUCAGUGACAGAGCGAAGUGAUUCGGAGCGGAGAGAGGAGCGACCGUUCCUCAUCGCCGAGGAAGACAGCGAGGGGGGGAGGAAGAGAGCGCGCGCGAGUGCACGGAGAGAGUGCAAGGAGAGAGUACACGGAGAGAGGGCAAGGAGAGAGGGCAAGGAGAGAGGGCAAGGAGAGAGGGCACGGAGAGAGGGCAAGGAGAGAGGGCAAGGAGAGAGGGCAAGGAGAGAGGGCACGGAGAGAGGGCAAGGAGGGCGCGGGACAGAGCGUACAGGUACCGCGCGUGCGGAAAGAACGAAGAGAACGCGAAGGGCGCGCGAGAAAGAGAAGUGGGGGGAAAGAGUGAGAAAGAGACGCGACGAUAGAGAAAGAGGGAGAGAUCGUACGAGUGAGACCCCCCGCCCCCACCCCCGCUACCAUGCACAACAGCAGCGAGACGGAGGUAUGGACGUGGCGCGGAGGGCCAGGACGUGGCGCGACUGGGGAGGACCCCCUCGACGCUCAGCGAGACGCUCCGGACCCCCCUGCGGAACGGCCGGACCUGCCGGGUGGCGCGCCCGGUCCGCCUCUCUACGAGGACGCGCUGUUGAUCGGCGCGCCUCGGCAGGAGCCGCCGCACGUGGCCGUGCCGCUAACCGUGGUGUUCGCGGCCCUGUUCGUUCUCGGCGUGGCCGGCAACCUCCUGACCGCCUACGUGAGCGCCCGCCACACGCGGCUGCGCCACAGCAGCGUGCGCUACCACCUGCUGAGCCUGGCGUGCGCCGACCUGGCCCUCCUGCUCACCAUCCCCGCGACUCUCUACCGCUCCUACUGGGAGUACUACCCGUGGCGGCUGGGCGACGCGGCGUGCAAGCUCUACUUUAUGCUGCGCCAGGCCGCCUACACCGCCACGAGUUGGAGCAUCGUGGUGUUCAGCCUCGAGCGCUGCCUCGCCAUCUGCCAGCCGAUCCGCGCCCUCUCGCUCGUGCGCCGCUCCCGCAUCCGCCGCCUGCUCGCCAGCGUGUGGCUGCUGGCCGCGCUCUCAGCGCUGCCCUACGCCUUCGUGUACGGCCAGGUGCGCGCCUACGUGUACGACUACGCGGGCGCGAACGCCACCAACUUCUCGGUGGUGAUGACCACGGUGUGCGAGCUCACCGAGAAGGACCCGUCGCCCAUGUUCACGCGCAUCACGCACGUCAAGUGCUUCGUGUGCUUCAUCGUACCCAUGGUGCUCAUCUCGGUACUCUACAGCCUUAUUCUUCGCUCCUUCUGCCCCAGCAUGAGGCUCAGCGCCGGUUCCUCCACCCCCGCGCCGCGCGGGUGUCAGAGUGGAGGUGCAGGUACAGAGGCCCGCGGGAAAGCGGCCGCGGCGGAUGGGGGGGCUGCCGGGGCUGGGGCCCAGACGCCGAGAGACGCGAAAGGGGAGAGGCCUACGAGAGAUGGGGGGCCCGCGACGAGAAGAGCCGCUGGAGGCCUCGGCGGUUCCGAGGCGCUGCUCAACCCGGACGUGAGAGACGCGGGGACCUUUGAGAGGAUGACGCAGAGGAGGCGCGCUCAGCAGCAGAAAGCCAUUCGACUGCUGGGCGCCGUGGUGCUCAGCUUCUUCGUGUGCUACUCGCCGGACACUAUCGCGUCGCUCAUGUACAUAUACAUCGCGGACUGGAACAACCCCACGGUGCACCGCGUCUACACCAUCGUCAAGAUGUACCUGGCGCUGCCGCUCUGGUACCUCAACUCGGCCCUCGACCCGCUGCUCUUCAGCAUCUCGUCCAAGCAGUUCCGCCGCGCCUGCAAGGAGACGCUGUGGCCCGCGAGGGCCCGACGGGAACGCGCCGCCUCGGGGUCGCGGCGCGGCGCCGACGCUGCCGCACGCGGCGGAUUCCCGAGUCGCACGGUCACCUCCACGGAGGUGACCACCUCCAGACGGGAGACUGAGCGCCGAGCCGCGACCACCAUCAGGAGCCGCCUGGCCGAGUGACGGUGAUGAUGGUGGUGAUGAGUGAUAGAUAACUCCCGGACGCAAUCUCAUUGCGUUCAACAGGGGGCUCCCCAAAGCUUAUACGGGGUGAUCUUGGCAAUUGCAUCUGGUAAGCCAGAAGCAUUUUGUUUAGACAAGCGCAUGUUUCCUUGCGAAAACAAAUGAUGCUUGAAAAUAUUAAUGGCAUUGAUCUGGAAACACCAAAAAUAUAAUAUGCCGAUGGAAUAAAACAUUUUAUCUUUAUAAGCUGCGACACCGAUUGGAGUUUUGCUCAUGUGAUAAAUAUGCAGAUUAAUGAUUAUAAUUAGACUCUCCACACAUUCGUCAAUUACGCUGAGGGUGGCCUUAAAAUUCUAAAUAUAAUCUAAUAAACGAUUCGCGUGCUGUAAAGAUGGGUUAUGUAAUUAUGAUUUAUUAUAAGAAUAAACAGUUUUCUGUAGCGCCAAUCACAGAAUGCCUCAAAGCGCUGUACAUGAAGCUUAAUUGAUGGAGAAAGUCAGCUGUAAAAAACACGUGGGAUUUAAGACGCAAUUUAAAAGUGUAAUAGACUCAGAUUCCCUAACGGACUGAGGAGGAAGGCAAUUCCACAAUCGCAGAGCCUGGCUGCAAAAAUCUCUGUCUCCCAUCGAACAAAGUCUCUGGUCUUUGGAAUACCGUAAUUAGUUUAGACCACAAUCAGCAAAUCCAAGUUUUCUCAGUGGAAUAUAUUAAACUUAAGCAGAUCAGUGGUGAGAUAUUUAGGAGCCAACCCAUGCAAGGCCUUAAACGAGAGAAGAAUACGCCUACAGUGGAUGCUGUUAGAUUAUCUUUCCUCCCUGCCAGUGCGGGGAGGAAAGAAUAGAAGUAAUACGGUCACAUGAUUUAAAUCUGGUGGUUUUAUAAAAUUAUUUUUGUUUCAUUUUUAAGGCCACACAGUGACAUUGACGUAUGUGUAAAGUUUUUGUUGUUUGUGGACCACUGCCAACGCAGCAGCACCACCAUCAUCACCAAGUGGCGCGUUUGCUGUAGCUGAUGGUGAUGAAGGUUGUGUGGCCAGGCAUGAGCCACAUUUGCCGUCUCAAGACGGUGAUGUUUGGUCCAUUCCACGAAUGAUUGUUUGGCUUAGAGUUGAAGGAAACAGCAGAACCCAUUGGGACUUUGGGAUAAUUCCUCAAUAAAUACUAAUAUUAAUAUAAUAUUAUUGCCACUUCUUGUCCCCCCCCCUAAGAUAUCCUCACCGAGUCUCAAGCCUCGUAUUCUGGAGGGUCCUGCGUUGGGAUGUUUGGGCGAAUUAAUAACGGCAAUAGAGCCACGAGCGGAUCACUGGCUUCGCAUGGGAGAACCCCGCAGUUCCCCGAGAAAACUCACCACGCAUAGGAGGUAAAAACCCAAAGCUCCUCACAGAUAGAUUCGAUAAUCCAUUGCUGUACUGCUAUCGUCUGGCUGCAACCUCACAAAGUCGCAAUUUCGUGAUCGCUCACUCAAAAACGAACCAGCACUCACCAACGCACACUCGCCAACUCGCUCACCAAUACACGAACACUUCACUACUAACCUCCUCACUCACCAAUACACGAGCACUUCACUACUAACCUCCUCACUUACCAAAUCAGCAACUCACCAACAUACACACACACACACCGACCCACACACACUCUCCAAUUCAUUCACUAACCUCACUCACCAACUCACUCACCAAUACAAAGCACUCACCAUUACACGAAGGCUAACAAUCGCUCACUCACUCGGAGUCGCAGUUGAACCCCGGGCCGGGCGGGUCACGUGUGACGAAGCGGCCACACCUGUGCGUGGGUCACCUAAUGGGUCACGUGCGCAUGAGUUACCUGUGUGAGCACUGCAUGGUACCUGUGUGAGUUAUAUAUGGGCACCUGUGAGCUGUAUGGGUACCUGUAUGAGCUGUGUAUGGGUACCUGUGUGAGCUAUAUAUGGUAACGUGUGAGUUAUGUAUUGAUACCUAUGUGAGCAUUGUAUGGGUUACCUGUCUGAGCUAUGUAUGGGUAACCACGUGAGCUAUAUAUGGGUGCCUAUUUAAGCUUUGUAUAGGUUACCUGUGUGCGUUAUAUAGGGUGUUUCAAAAAGAUGGACCCGAUUUGAAAUCGCUACGUCUCUGCAACCACGAACCGCCCAUGAGUGAAACUCUUACCACUUGAAAGGGCGGCGCAUAAAGUUUCAAAUUAUUACCGCGAGAUGCCUCUCCCAGCGCACAAACAGCCCCGAGCCUCAGUCAUUCGCAAGAUUACAACCCCGCAACACAAAGGCGUUUCGCGUUCUGCAGCUCAGCAAGACUGAAUCCGUAAUUGCGGUGCAGCGUGCGUUUCAACGGCGUUUUGGCAUUGAUCCGCCAAUGUCAGAGCAUUCGUCAUUGGUACCGACAAUUUGAGGACACGGGCUGCUGUU